AUUGUUUACAUUUUUCGUGUCGCCAGGUUCGCGCUGUUUCAUGUCGCCGGUAAUCUCUAGCUUUUAUUUAAAUGAAUGACAGCCGGAAUGACAGGGUCAGAAUGGACCCCCCAAAGACUGCAUCAUUGCCCUGCAUGAUCACUGAACAUGAAGGGUUUUAUGGCACCAUCAAGAACUUCACCCAAGAUUUUGUGGUCAUUGAAAUAGACAUGAAGGGGCAGCGUGUGAAUAAAGAAUGUACUGUAGUUGCACCUACGAAGUUGGAUACCUCUGAAAAUGUAAAGGGUUCGCACAAAGACAGUGUGAUAGGAGAACUCCCAAGUGAUAAAACAUGCUCAAAUGAAACAGCAGGUGGUACGAGCAGUGCCAAAAAUAAUGAAGCAGACAAUGAGUACUUUGACCUCAAUGUGAUACUGGGCAGUUCGGUAAACAAGGCUUUAGAACACUUUAUCCUUAAAAUUCCGGAAUGUAGUAAAGAGCAACCGAAAAUGGAAAUGUCAAUUGGAAGCUUCCCGGACAAAAUUCAGCGUGCCAGCGUACACAGGUCAGUGAGGUACAACUACCCUUUUCUUAUGACCAUCACCAACCAGACAGAGAUCCUAGUGAAAGAGGACAAAGACUUUAAAGAUUUUUUGAAUCUGGUGUCUGAGGAGGAAGCGGAGGAUUUCUUCAGGUUUAAAGAUGCAAAAGUUCUUGGCUCUACCUUUACCUUCUUACCUGAUGCCAACAAGGAGCACCGGACUUCUGUUCACCAUUUUAUUAGCAGCAGAUUUGGGAAGCUGGUGGAGACCAAAAGCUUUACAGCCCAGGGUGGGACCUGCAUUACUGUAAGACUGAGGGAGAGAGGAAGACCAGCCAAGAAGAGGCCUCUAGAAGAUUGUGAGGAUCAGGUGAAUUCCUACACAGCUUUUACACUUAGGAAAGAAAACCUUGAGACACUUGAAGCCAUAAGCUACAUUGCAGCAGUUCUUGGAGUUCUUCCAUCUGAUUUUUCUUAUGCUGGCAUCAAAGACAAACGUGCCAUCACCUACCAGUCUAUGGCUAUGAAAAAGAUUUCCCCGGACCGUUUGUUGGAGAAGGUCUUCAAGUUUGAAAAGAGGGGAAUUCAACUGUCUAAUAUCCAUCCAGUGUCUGAACCCCUUCGACUUGGAGGGCUGAAGGGAAACCACUUUGACCUUGUUAUUCGGAACCUUAAGCCCCAUAACAAGAGUAACACAACAGACCUAAAAAUGCUGGUAAAAGAUGCUGUGGAUAAUGUAAAGGCUCUGGGCUUUGUAAAUUAUUAUGGACCUCAGAGGUUUGGAAAUAGCAAAAGCAUUCAAGCUGACCAAGUUGGACUUGCACUACUAAAGGAAGAUAUGGGUACCGCUCUUAAGUUGUUUUUAAACCCAGAGACUGGUGAUGACCUCCAAAAUAAAGCCAAGCAACAUUUCCGUCAAACAGGAAAUGCAAAAGAAAGCCUUGCCCUUAUGCCUCCAUAUAAAGCCAGAGAGAGGCUAAUGCUGCGAGCUUUGCACCGCUACGGUAGUGGCCCAGAAGGCUGCAGUUGUGCUUGGCUAAGCCUGCCCCACAGCAUGCGGGUCUUCUAUGUCCAUGCCUACUGCAGCCGUGUGUGGAACGAGGCAGCCAGCUUUAGAUUGGAGACACUGGGACUGAAGCCUGCACAGGGAGACCUGGUCUGGACUAGGGGAGCUAGUCAAAAACAAGAAGAAUGUCAUGGAUUAGUGGUCCAUGUUGUAACCUCUGCAGAGGAGUGUGAGGGUGUGUUUUCACUAGAUCAGGUAGUGCUGCCAUCACCAGGCAACAGUGUGAAGUACCCAGAAAAUCUGCUCGGUAAGUGGUAUCAAGACCGAUUGGCACAGGAUGGCCUGGACUCAUGCAGAUUCAGAAUUGGCUCACUUAAACUCAACAUCCCUGGGUGUUAUCGUCCUUUAUUGUCAUUUCCCCAUAAUGUAUCCUUUAACCUGCACCCUCAAAAGCCUCCAAGUACUGAGCUGUUAACCCCUGAAUCCAAUUCUGUGCUGGAACUUUCAUUUGACUUGGACUCAUCCUGUUAUGCAACGGUCUGCCUCAGGGAAAUUAUGAAGUGUGACAUAUAGAAACGUAUAGUAUGAUGCAUAGAAACAUUUUACCCUACUAGAUUUGUGUUUUAAUUUAAAGUUAUUUUAGUAAAGCAAAUGACACUGCAAUACCUAACAAUGAGACUCGCUUUUUUUUUCAAUUCGAUAAGCUUUGUGAUUGUUAUUAAUAAGAGUUAAUAAAGUUAAAGUGAUAAUGAAAUGUGCCUGUAAUUUUACAACCCCAAAUCAGAAAAAGUUGAGACAGUAUGGCAAAUGCAAAGAAAAUAAAAAUGCAGUGUUCCUUACA